ACUUGUCAUUCCUGUUUAUCUGACGAUUGGUUGGCUGAUGUGUUAUUAGCUCGCAAUAGUUCGAUAAAACUGCGUGCAACCCAUUAAUUACGACCAAAACUCAUUAAUAAAGUGUUGUGAUGUGUAGUGGGACGUAGUGUCGUAUUGAUAUACACUAGGGUAUUUUUAAGAUGCCUGUAACACUUAUAGAUCGGUUGCCCUUGCCGAACCUCAAGGUUUAUACGGCGGCGAGUGUUUCCCUGCUGUCUGUGGCUGUGUACUAUGCGUUGAGCGUGACGGGCGAGGCGGGCUGGCGAGCCAACGCGACGCUGGCGCGGCCGGAGCCCCCGGGCGAGGCGGGGCUGCAGCCCGCGGAGCGCCUGCAGCCCGCAGCAGGGGCCCCCGAACUCCUCAACAACUCGCGGAUCAUCUCCGAGCAGGUGGCCGACGUGCUGGCCUUCAUGAUGCAGGAGCCACUCUGUAUGUGGACCGUAAUCAACAUGUCGUACUGCCUGCUCGCGCUGCUCGGGUGGGGCGUGCAGCGGCUCGUGUUCGGGCGCCUCCGCGUGGCCGAGGCGGCGCGCGUCCGCGACAAGUUCUGGAACUACGUGUUCUACAAGUUCAUCUUCGUGUUCGGCGUGCUCAACGUGCAGUUCGUGGACGAGGUGCUCAUGUGGAGCUCGUGGUUCACGGCCGUCGGCUUCCUGCACCUGCUGGGGCAGCUGUGCAAGGACCGGUUUGAAUACUUAUCAUCCUCCCCGAACUCCGCGCGCUGGGCGCAUGUCCGUCUAGCAGCAUUGCUGACGGCAGUCGCAGUAGCAGCGCUCGGGCUGUUAGCGGCCGCCGCGAUAUGGGCGCUGCCCGUCGCCAAGGACACGUUCGCGUUCAUGGCCGCUGAGUGCAUCCUGGUGCUAAUAGGUGCCGUACACGUGAUGUCCCGCUACAUACUCCGCCUUUUGGACUGCGACGCGUCAGGCCCCCCCGCCUACUACACACACCUCGCCUUCGAUUCGGCCGCGCUCGUCGUGGAGGCAGCCCAUGUGCUACAUAUGGUGCUGUGGAGCAACGUGCUGCUGAGCAUGGCGUCGCUGGUGCUGCUCCUACAACUGCGCCAUCUAUUGCAGCAGUUGCAAGCAAGGCUGAGGAGACAUCGCAGAUAUACUCGCCUACAGGCUCACAUGACUACUAGUUAUCCAAUGGCGAGCAAAGAAGAGGUGGAGAAGAAUCAGGACAACUGCGCCAUCUGCUGGGAGCCCAUGAAGGAGGCGCGCAAGCUGCCCUGCGACCAUCUGUUCCAUAACUCGUGCUUGUGCCAGUGGAUGCAGCAGGACGCGUCUUGCCCCACGUGCCGGCGCGCGCUGGCGGCGCGGCCCCCCUCCCCCUCCCCCUCCUCCCCCUCCCCGCCGCCGCCGCCGCCCAACAUGGCGCCCGUCAACCACCUCUUCCAGUUCCACGGCUCUCGCUACGUGUCGUGGCUGCCGAGCUUCUCCGUGGAGGUGACGCGCGUGCGCCGCGAGCCUCUGCCGCCCGCUCAGCUCGACGCGCUAGCGAGGCAGGUACAAGCGAUGUUCCCGCACUACGGGCUGGCGCCGCUGCUGGCGGACCUGGCGGCGACGCGCUCGGCCGACGUCACCGUGGACAACAUCCUGGAGGGCCGCCUGCCUCCCCCUCCCCCUCCCCCCGAGCCCGCCGCAGCCUCCCCCUCCCCCGCACCAGCCGCGGCCGCGCCGCCGCCACCCCCGCCGCCACCGGUCGAGGAGGAAGAGACUGCACAGUGA